CAACAGCCCUCCACUAUAAGAUGUCCUGAUGGAGCCAAACAGUGGCAUACGCUCAGACAUCCAACCAAGGAAUACCGGUGCAGUUCUGAAUUUUGGUACAACUAUGGACUACACUUUGGCCCUGCUGUUUUCUCUGCUGCACCUUUUAAGUGUGGCCACAGCCGCUCCUCUGCCGGUGGAGGUGGUGACGAUGAAAUCAAAAGUGAAAUGGAGGGCCGAGCAGCUGCUGGUCAGGCUGAACAGUCUUCAUCAACAAGACUUCCAGGUCCCUGCUGAUCUGACACUCAGUCCAACUGCUGACAGUCUGGAUGGACCCUCCUCCAUAGUGACGGUCUUGGAGGGUUACAACAACCUGAUCUCUGACACCUUCAACGGGGUCUCCCAGAUCAAGCUUGACAUCACUUCGCUGACAGGUUACAUCUAUCAGUGGGGGCAGGAUCACUGCAGCCAGCCGUGGCCGAAGCCGGUGGCGAUGCCGGUGCCGCUGCAGGAGCUGCGGAGCCGAAAGAAGUUCAUUCACACCGUGAGCUUCGAGGCUCUCUUGAGAGUGAAGGAGUUCCUCAAUCUGCUGCUGAAAAAUCUGGAUCAGCUCGAGACUUGCUGAGAGAACGGACCAAUAUUUGUGAGUCGCUGGCCUCAUUUUUUGAACACAAGUCUGCAUCAGUGAUGUCUGACCUCUUGCCUGGCCAUGUUGAACUUUGCUAAUGUAUUUUGAAGGGAAUUUAUUCUUGAACAUGCACUUAUUUAUAUACAUAUGUAUUUAUUUUUAUACUUUAUUUAGAAAAAAUAUGAAUUUUGUAACAAUGGGCCUCAUGCAGGAAGCAAUCAUUUUCUCUUGUUUUUGUUUUCGUAUCCACAAUUUGUUCUUAUUUUGAUAGUACCCAUUGAUUUCUGGGAUUCUUAUUUUUGCUCUUCUCUUAGGUAAGAGAAAAAGUUUUACGAUUGGUCAAUAGCACUCUUUUUUCAAGAUAAGAAAAAAACGUCUUGUUUUCACAGUCCACAAAUAGUUUGUCCAACGCAAGGAUACGUUUUAGAGUAAUUAUAAUGAUUGAAUUAUUAAAUAUGUGGGCUAAAGAAAUACUAUUAGUCCAUUGAUCCAAAUUAAGACCAUAAAAAACCCUUGGAUGAUAUUGCUUGGCAUGCAAACUGCACUUCGGUGCUUUUCAAAUUUCCUGUAAACACCAGCACUGAAGCUCUGGAAAAACAUUCGGUCUUCUUUCCAUGUGCCUUGAAAUGAUGCUGUCUAUCUGUCUAUCUGUCUGUCUAUCUAUCUUCUUAGACCAUCUUUUAGUGGCAUCUCUCCAAUUCUUGAGCAUGUGCCAGAGUAUUUGCACACAGCUCAACACCUGCCUCCAUAUAGUGUUUAUCUGUGCUAAUAAUAAUAAAUCGGCCACACGCCUUUAAUUUACAAUCAAACGUGAUCCAUUCAGCACACCUGGUAAGAGCAGAGCUGGAUGGUUAAGAACGUUUCGUGCGUCUGGAGUUGACUUCUCUUAUAAUUUCUCUAACAGAAAAUUAAGAGAAGAUUUAAGAGAAAUUUAAGUGAAUGUUGCUGCAUGAGGCCCGUUGUCUUCUCAUCAGGGUGUUUGCAGCAGAAGUGUAGUUUCCACAGGAUUGUUUCUAUGCAAACUGAUCCAUGCUUUGCACACAAAGAUAAAUCAUACAUUUGUAUUAUGGCAAUCACUAUUUUUUAACAAUAAAGAGAUCUCAGUGGAAAAAUAUGGAUCUAUAUUUGAAUUCAGUCAUGAAGCUGAAUCAGCUGGUCUGCAGCCAGAGGAAACUUCACAAUGAGCCGUGAUGUCAUCCCUGGAAAUUCCUGAAAACCAGGUUCAAACCUGGCAAUAAUAGCAGAUGUGUUUGUUUUGAGGACUACGAGGACAGGAAGGGCAAAGGGCAACUUCCAUUUCAGUGCACUAUCAUUCGCUCUGCCAAAACGGUGAUUUAUAUCUGGAGAUGAUAUUUUGUAUAUUUUUGUACAGUAUUUUGUUUUUUUUACUAUUGGAUUAAAACUGAAUAAAUAUUUACCAAAAAUA